AAUAAAAUUCCUCCAAAACCUUUCUCAAACUCCUCAUGCAUCAUUCUGUUGCUCCACCAUCCACACUUCUCAACUAUUUUCUUUCUUUCUCUUCUUUCCAAUGAGCACAAUGAAAGCUCCGCGUGGGCGGCGACCUCUCUCCAUUGUCGCCGUCGUAAUCUGCAUUUCUGCCUUCAUUGCUUUCUUGUACACUGAAAGGAUAAGCUCUCUUUCUUCUAGCACCUCCUUUUUCAGUUUCAAAUCCUGCUCUAAACGAGGUGCUAUUGCAAAAUCUAUCAAGUCUACAACAGAUGAGAGAAGUACAGAGGAGGAAGAGAUAGUGAAGUCUGAAGUAGAUGACAGGUUUGAGUUCGACCCAAAUGAGUGCAGCCUAGCUCAUGGAAAGUGGGUCUUCAACAAUUCACUUAAACCAUUGUACACAGACAGGAGUUGCCCACACGUUGAUAGGCAAUUCUCUUGUGUUAAGAAUGGACGCCCUGAUAAUGAUUCUGAUUACCUUCACUGGGAAUGGCAGCCUGAUGACUGCAUCUUGCCUAGGUUUAAUCCUAAAAUUGCACUUGAAAAGCUUCGGGGAAAGAGGCUGAUGUUUGUAGGAGAUUCAUUACAAAGAAAUCAGUGGGAAUCGUUCGUUUGCCUUGUUGAAUCCAUUAUACCUGAAAAACACAAGUCCAUGCGACGAGACCACUCUCAUGCAGUCUUCCAAGCCAAGGAAUACAAUGCAACAAUAGAGUUCUACUGGGCUCCAUUUCUAGUGGAGUCAAAUUCAGAUAACCCAAUAAUAGCAGAUCCAAAGAGUAGGAUAUUGAGAGUGGAUUCAGUUUCCAAGCAUGCCAAAUUCUGGGUAGAUGUGGAUAUCUUGGCCUUCAAUACUUAUGUUUGGUGGAUGAGUGGUCUCAAGGUCAACUCUCUAUGGGGAUCAUUUGGAAAUGGGGAAGAAGGGGCAGAAGAGUUGGAUACACCAAUUGCUUAUAAAAUUGGAUUGAAGACAUGGGCUAACUGGAUUGAUUCAAACAUUGAUCCUAACAAAACUCGCGUGUUCUUCACUACUAUGUCCCCUACUCACACAAGGAGUGAAGACUGGAACAAGAAAGAUGGAAUUAAAUGCUUCAAUGAAACAAGGCCAGUCAUGAAGAGAGGCCACUGGGGGACUGGCUCUAACAAACACAUAAUGAGCAUUGUGUCCAACGUGGUUAGGAAAAUGAAAUUCCCUGUGACAUUCAUCAACAUAACUCAGUUAUCUGAGUACAGAAUCGACGGUCACGCUUCGAUCUACAAUGAGUUGGGAGGCCAAUUGUUGACUGAUGAGCAAAAAACUGACCCUUUACGCUAUGCGGACUGCAUUCAUUGGUGCUUGCCCGGUGUUCCUGAUACGUGGAAUCAAAUCUUUUUAGCUUACUUGUAGCCCACAAAAUGGAAAGAAAAUCAUUUAUCUAAAAAAAAAAAAAAAAAA